GCAGAGCUACCCGUCCAACCCGUCUCCAGAACCCAGUGUGGCUGAAAGAGUUGUGCCAUCCGACAGUUUUGCAGCCAAAAAAAACCCAACCCAAGCCAAAGGCAAAGCGCAGCUCGGAUACAGCAGCCACCCCGGCUAGAUCUCAGCUGAGCGCUCAUCUCUCCCGAGCGGCGGACAAAGCGAUGGAUGAAGGAACUGGAACCGCUCGGAGAAAAUGAUUUUGCAGCCAAUGUUCUUAAGCAGUCUCACAGAAGAGAGGGAGCGAGCGGAGAGCGCUUCUGCUGCAUCACUGGGCGCAUUCAAAGGAAGGAGUCAGCGUUUCCUGCACUGCCAAACGUUAUGGAUGAUUUUUUUCCUUCUGUCGCCUUUCCGUACAGGUUUUCUUAAUAUUCUUCUUUCCCCCCUCCUUCCCGUCAUUUUUUGAACGAUGAUGAUUUAAUCGCAGCCAGCCUCAGACGCCGGUUUCUCCUUCAGAACCAGCUCUCGCUAUUUGUUGUGAUCCCCGUAAUAAAAAGCGAGAGAAACCGCGAACAGAUGGCUCUAGAUAUCGCAGUGCCGCUGGCUUUGUUCUCCUAUUGAUUUUAAAGGCUCCUUUUUCCCAUUUUUUUUUUCCCCGAUUUUUUUUUUCCCUCCCCCCCUCCCAAGUUCUUGAUGGUACUGAGAAAUGAGGACCUAUCGCUUUUAGCCUGUUUCUGUCGCGGCGCCUAUGGAGAUAACUUUAUUGACUUGAUCGUUCGCUGCCCGACCCGCCAGCAGAGCGCCGGAGCCCCGGGGGGGGCGGAAGACCCGCGCCCGCUGCCGGCCGACCCCGCCGCCUCCCCUCCUUCCCUCCCCCGCUAAUUCAUCAGCCGCUCCCGGCCAUGAAAAUGCUCCUGGUCCGCAAGUUCCGGGUGCUGAUCCUCAUGGUGUUCCUCGUCGCCUGCACCAUGCACAUCAUGAUCGACCUGCUGCCUCGCCUGGAGCGCCGCGGAGCCGAGAACCGCCCGGGCUGCUCCUGCCCUCCGCCCGCCGCGCCGCCCCGCGCCGCCCCGCGCUGGCCCAGCAAACACACGCUGCGGAUCCUGCAGGACUUCAGCGCCGAGCCGGCCUCCAACCUCUCCUCGCAAUCGCGGGAGGCGGCGGAGCGGGCGGCGGGCGGCGGAGGGGACGCGGCGGCGGCGGCGGCGGGCGGGGAGGGGGGGGCGACGGGGCGGCCUCGGCGGCUCAUCGCUCCCGGAGCCCCGCGCCCGCCGCCCCCCGCCCAUGCCGCGCCGCUGGCCGCCCUCUUCCAGCACCCGCUGUACCGCGCCGCCCUGCCCCCGCUGGCCGACGGCGACCUCCUCUUCAAUGUCAACAGCGACAUCAGGUUCAACCCGCGGGCGGCCGAGCAGAGCGAGUGGCAUAAUGAAGGGAAUGAAGAGUUUUUGCCAACUGGAGAAACCUCCAUAGACUCCUACCCAAACUGGUUAAAAUUCCACAUUGGCAUCAACCGGUACGAGCUGUAUUCCAGGCAUAACCCUGCAAUCGAGGCUUUACUACAAGACCUGGUCUCCCAGAAGAUCACCAGUGUUGCAAUGAAGUCAGGAGGCACCCAACUGAAGCUGAUCAUGACGUUCCAGAAUUAUGGACAAGCACUGUUCAAGCCAAUGAAGCAGACCAGAGAACAAGAAACCCCGCCUGAUUUUUUUUAUUUCUCAGACUAUGAAAGACAUAAUGCAGAAAUUGCAGCAUUUCAUUUGGACAGGAUCCUGGAUUUCCGUCGUGUCCCACCGGUUGCAGGCAGACUGGUUAACAUGACGAGGGAGAUACGAGAUGUGACUCGUGACAAGAAGCUGUGGAGAACAUUUUUCAUCUCACCAGCCAACAACAUCUGCUUCUAUGGCGAAUGCUCCUACUACUGCUCAACUGAGCAUGCCCUGUGUGGAAAACCAGAUCAGAUCGAAGGGUCUCUAGCUGCUUUCCUUCCUGACUUGUCCUUAGCUAAAAGGAAAACCUGGAGAAACCCUUGGAGGCGUUCCUACCACAAGCGCAAGAAAGCAGAAUGGGAAGUUGAUCCAGAUUAUUGUGAAGAGGUUAAACAAACACCCCCGUAUGACAGUGGGACCAGAAUUCUGGAUAUAAUGGAUAUGACAGUUUUUGAUUUUCUAAUGGGUAACAUGGAUCGACAUCACUAUGAAACCUUUGAAAAGUUUGGAAAUGAAACAUUUAUUAUCCACUUAGAUAAUGGAAGAGGGUUUGGAAAAUACUCCCACGAUGAACUUUCCAUAUUGGUGCCUUUAAACCAGUGCUGCAGAAUAAGGAAGUCGACCUAUCUGCGAUUGCAGUUGUUAGCCAAGGAGGAAUACAAACUCAGUCUCCUGAUGAAGGAAUCUUUGCUAAAAGAUAAAAUCGCUCCCAUUCUCUACCAACCUCACUUGGAGGCGAUGGACAGGCGGCUGCGGAUUGUCCUCAAGGCUGUCAGUGACUGCAUAGAGAAGGAUGGUUAUGACAAUGUGGUUGAAAAUGACUUUAACACUGAUGUUAACACUGUUGCGACCGAGAGGUAGUGAAAUCGCAAGACUAUGUUUUUAUCAGCCGAGUAAAGAAGAUUCAAAAAGGAAAAGAAAAAAAAAAAAGUCUUGCAAAAGACUGGUAUGCCACUUUGUGAAUUCAGUGAAUUCAGACACGAGAUAUAAUUGUUCCCAGAGUAGGUAUAGUGUAGACUCUGCAAAGGAUUGGCUCAUUAAGAAAAAUAAGUCUAACGUGAUGCUUUUCAUUAGUUCCCGAGAAGAGAUUAUGAAGAGGUUGAGAAAACACUCACAUCGCCGACAGACUGAUAGCAAAACACCUCCUGUCCUUUUUGUAUAGCAAGGAGGCCUUUACUUAAUAUUUUGUAUUUAUAUACGGUAUAUCUACGAACCCCAGACCUACCUACCAAAUCUAACGAAGAGGGACAGCAUAGGUUUGUGACUCACACUUUAUUUGUGGUGACAGUCCGCUUAGGAUGUUGUGUUAACCCUUUAAGUGCUCUAAUCCGCUGUAUCUUAUUUAAAUUGAACACUUUAUUUCCAGCUGUUCGGCAUUUAAAGGGUUAAGGCAUUACAAACUUUUAAAGGCAAAAAAUAAUAUUAUUAAUAAUAAUAAUAAUAAUAAUAAUACAGUGAUUACCAGAAGGGAAUUUCACUAAUUGUGCAUUGACAGGAAUACUUGAAUGUUGGUUUUACAAAGUGAUGUAAAAUGACAAGUUGUACUAUUUAUCCUUAAGGAGGUGGCAGCUCUUAUCUUUCUAGACUAUCAUAGCUGAGCUGCUCCUUUUCAACUUUGCUUUUGAUAGUUUUGUGUAAAUAUAUACAUAUAUGGGUAAAAAGCUGUUUUCAGCAGCUCUAGGCUUACUUUUGCAGCAUUUUUGUGGAAUUGUUUGCAACGUGGUAAAAGUGCAAUAAAGAUAUGGCAAAAUGUGUA